AUGUCUGACAAGAGCAGCAAUGUUAUGAGAGAAUUAAAGAUCGAAAAGUUGGUCUUAAACAUUUGUGUUGGUGAAUCUGGUGAUAGAUUAACCAGAGCAUCUAAGGUCUUAGAACAAUUAUCAGGUCAAACUCCAGUCCACUCUAAGGCAAGAUACACCAUCAGAUCUUUUGGUAUCAGAAGAAACGAAAAGAUUUCUGUUCACGUCACUGUCAGAGGUCCAAAGGCUGAAGAAAUCUUAGAAAGAGGUUUAAAGGUCAAGGAAUACCAAUUAAGAGCAUCCAACUUCUCCACCAGUGGUAACUUUGGUUUUGGUAUCCAAGAACACAUUGACUUAGGUAUCAAGUACGAUCCAAAUAUUGGUAUUUACGGUAUGGAUUUCUUCGUUGUUAUGGGUAGAGCAGGUUUCAGAGUUGCUAGAAGAAAGAGAUGUAGAGGUACCGUUGGUAAGUACCACAAGGUCUCCCAAACCGAUGCAAUCAACUGGUUCAAGGCUAAGUAUGAUGCUGAUGUUAUCGGUGCUUAA